AUGGCAAGGUCAAGCUCCUCCACCAGUACCCCUCAACAAAAGCACGAGGUGUUCCUCAGCUUCAGGGGAGAGGACACACGCUACACUUUCACAGGCCAUCUUUAUACGACCUUAACAAGGCUCGAAGUCAACACAUACAUAGACUACAAUCUUGAGAGAGGGGAAGAGAUAUCAUCAGCACUUCUUAGGGCCAUUGAGGAGGCAAAGCUCUCAGUCAUUGUUUUCUCCAAGAAUUAUGCAAAUUCCAAGUGGUGUUUGGAUGAGCUUGUCAAGAUACUUGAAUGUAAGAGGAUCAAGGGUCAAAUUGUCUUGCCCAUUUUCUAUGACAUAGAUCCCUCCCACGUUCGCAACCAAACAGGAACUUAUGCAGAGGCAUUCGUUAAACAUGAGAAACAACUUCAGGGUAAAAUGGACAAGGUGCAAAAGUGGAGGGAGGCUUUGAGAGAAGCUGCUAAUUACUCUGGUUGGGAUUGCUCUGUCAACAGGAUGGAAUCUGAAGUUAUCGAGAAAAUUGCGAAGGAUGUGUUAGAAAAAUUAAAUCGAGUAUAUGUAGGCGACCUAGAUCAGCAGAUUACAAAGUAUGAGCAACUUGCGCAGCUUCAACAUCAGUAUUUUCAAAGCAUACCUUCGGUUGAAAAUUGGAAAAAUCAUCAAGCAACUGUUCAACGGAUCACUGAACUUAAAAUGGAGAGAAGUAUCCGAAUGCUUCGCUUGUCACCUGACAUGCUUUCGCAUUUGGGGAAUUCAAACAAUAAUAAUAAUUUUCCAUUUUAA